AUGCAGACCCUUCUUGGGGACAUCAAGAAGGCCACCAAGUACGCGCUCUGGUUCGGCGAUCGCUCCAACAGUGCCUCCUACCUGCGCAAUGCGCGCUCGAUGCCCGACGAUGAGCACAAGCCAGUGUUUCGGCGCACAUUCCUGAAUGCAGCGGUCGAGUACUUGCCCAUCACCCGCCGCACACCACUGUCUGUUCGUGAGAAGGAAGCCAGCGCCAUGCGGGCCAUGAGGGCCAGGGAAGAUGUAAACAACUACAAGAAGUCCAUGGAAGAGCGCCUGGAGGACAUUCAGCGACCAAAGUCCCUGGCCGAGUGGGGAGGAUUUGUUGAAGCGCGCAUCAGAGAAGACAUGGACAACUUUCAGGGUUCAUCCGUCAACCUGAUGGAGCUAUGCAAUCAACCAGAGUACAACAAUCCGUACCUGGAUAGCACCACGCGCAUCAUGUACCGCAUCAUGAAGAAGAAUGACUUCCUGCCCUAUUGGCUGCAGCUGGAUAAGGACAUCAAGCACGAACUGAACGAGCUGCGGCGCGAGCUGGCCGACUUGAAGCAGCAGUGGAGGCGCGAGUUCGAGGACAGCCGCACGUGGAAGAAUGACGCCACGCAGGCACGGCUGGCGAAGAAGGUGAAGAAGCUCAACGGCCAGAUCCUCAACUUUAACCUUGCGGCGCCCCACAUGAACUUCCAGAAGUUCUUCAUCGACCUCAACCAAGAGGUCGCCGCCCUCGAGUGA